AUGCGUCAUCCAAUCGUAUCAUCUCUAAUUCUGGUGAUUUGGACUUCCACGUGGCAGAACGUGAAUGGAGAAGAAGACAGUCCUCUGAAAUUGAUUCACAACGAACUUUCGAUUCUAUCUCGUGUCACGAAUGCAAUUGCUCUCGAGGCUGCGUCACUUAAGAAAUCAGUUAAAAUCCGUGACGUCAUAACGGAAAUUCUUGAAGUAAACAGCGGUAAUUUCUCAGACAUAGUGGAAUUAAAUCCUGAUUCUCUAACGAAAACACUCGAUGGAAUACAAAGAAUCCGUCAAAAAAUUCAAGAAUCUUUGGCUCAAACUAAUGAGAAAAUGACGAAACAAGAGCUGUUCGACAUGGCGUCAUUGAAUGAUUUAUUGGUUUUUACUAACGACAAUUAUGAAGAUGAAAAUAGGGUGCAUUCGGAUGAAAUAAUGAAAAAUGCAAGAGGAAAUACGAGUAUUAUUCUGAUUUGUGAUAUAAAACUGGUGGAGAGUAUGUCAAGAUUUGGGGAGUUUUUGAAUGGAGUUUCGAAAGGAAAUACGAUUGAUUUGGGGAUUAUUUCAACUAUCCAAAACUCGCGAUCGGAUAUUCAAAAGUGUUUGAAAAGGAUCACUGGAUAUAGUGACGCAAUUGCUCAAACCAAAUUAGAAUUAUCUCUAAUUGGAAGUAUGAGUGAUGUAAUUGACGUGAUAAAAGAUAUGAAAGAGAAAGAUAUCAUUAAUAAACUCCCGAGUGAUCUCCGGAUAUUUCAAAGCAUGUUUUCACUUAUUCUGAAUGCUGUGAAGAGUUACGAAAAGAAUUCAUCGGGAAAUCUUUUGAAUUCAACCAUAAAUCUUCUGAAGAACGUUCUGAAUCGUGAAGAAUCCCAUCACCAUCAUCAUCAUUAUUAUCUAACUGCUGGUUUUCCAGAGAUAGAAGAUAUGUCAUCAGUAAUGAAUGACUUGAAAAGUGAUUGGUUCCGAGAGAAGAUAUCAAAAGGAAAAAGUAUAGAAGAGCUGGAAAAUGCACUUGCUCCGUUUGCUCAUUUCGCUGGGAAAAUAAAAAAUGUCCAUCAAAGUUGGAGUCUCUUUCAGAAGAGUUUCACGAAAGCGGAUGAGUUUUUGACGACGAUUUCAAGAGGAAUGGAUGUGAUUGAAAAGUAUGAUUUUUCUCGAGAUGAGGAAACAUAUUUUAGAGAUUUCCAAAGCGGUAUCACAAGUUGUUUGAGUUUUUUCAAGUAUGAUUAUGAUGAAGGUUUAGAGGAAUCCUUCAGAAAUGAUUAUGAGUUGUUGGCUGCUUACGUGGAAUCAGUUGAUUCUCUCGAAGAAUGGUCUCAAAGAAUGAACGAUAUGCUUAGUCCAGCAUUCGAUUUAUUUCUAAAUAAAUUCAGUCAAAUCCGGAAAGAGGGAAAAAAGAAUGCAAGAGAUAUAAAAGAAGAGAUAAAGGAUCUGAUCAACUUUGAGUCUUCCGAGAAGGUCUUCUCAAUGUUUGACAAUCUGAAAAAUCUUCAAAAAACUCAUAUGGAACAUGAUGAAUCAACUCGAAAUCUUCGAGUCACUAUCAGUGAAGUUGCUAAAAGUACUGGAUUCUUUGAAACAUCGAAAUGUCUCCGAGAAAAGAAAUUCGACACGGAACAGUUAACAAUGAAGAUUAGUCUUGUCAAUAGUAUUUUGGAUGUGACACUCGAUAUAUUCGACGAGCUGAAGACUAUUCUGAAUCUUUUUUCCAAAAUGAGAACUGAAUUAUUCGAUGCAGAAGACUUUGUUAAAGAGACGUCAUCUAGAAAUCAGAGAGAUGUUUCUCAGAAAUCAAAAAAUUCGAUUUUGAAGCUGGAAAACUCUGAAAAACUAUCGGAUCACUUGGGAAAUGGGAUGAGAAUUCUCAGCGAAAUGAUUGAGACUUUGGAGAAGAAAAAUGAUAUUCUGAAAUCAGCGAACUACGGUCAGAAAGUCGAUAAUAUUAUCAGUAAGAGCCCAAUCCAACACGUAAAAUCUUUCUGGAAUAGUGAUAAUCGGAAUGCUAAAAUCAAGAAAUUGGUGGAAGAUUUGGAGAGUUUGGAAAGUUCUGCAAGCGAAUAUAGGAAAGGAGAUUUGAUGACAACUCGGAAAAUAUUUGACAAGGCGGUCGAAGUUGAUGGACUUCCAGAUGUUUAUCCGUAUAUUUAUGAUAUUCUGUUAAAGAAAAAGAACACAGAAUACGACGACGUUCUGGAGAAUUCAAAGAAACUCAUGGAUCUGGAUCUGGAUUUUUCAAAUCAUAAGGGAGAAUUGAGUGCAGCUUCAUUGAGUUUAGAGAAAAUUAAAGAGUAUUUUGAUGAUAUAUUUGAGUUGAAUCCAAUAAAGGAAGAUCCAGCUCCUGUGACUCAAGAGUCAACUUCUAUCUUUCUGGUCAUUAUCCUUUGCUUGGCUAUUUUUUUAACUUUGAUAAUUUGUGCAGUUGUUGCUUAUGGAUUCACCCCAUCUGGAAAGCGUACUUACAAAAAAUUGUAUUUGUAUUAUUUUGGAAAGCCAGUGGAUUAUGAGAAACGUUGGCGGUACUCGUUAUUCCUCGAUCGAACUGACGGGAAGAAUGUCCUCAUCGACGCAGUUCGUGAAAUCAACUCGAUUAAUUUGAAUAAUGCCGUAAAGAAAGGAGCAUAUAUCAACGUUUGCAAUAAAUUUGGCAACACUUCUCUCCACGUGGCAACUCGAAGAGGUUACCCAGAACUUGUCGAAAUUUUAAUAAAAAAUGGAGCCGAUAGAGCAUUCUUGAAUGCUCAAAAUAAGACACCAGAGCAGAUGAUUCCAGAAAAUUAUUCGAAGACGGAAGAGGAGAAAACAGAAAGAUAUAUGAAGAUCGAGCUGAUUUACGAGAAGUAUCGAAAACGAAAAUUCAAGCAACGUGUUCCAGAACAAUUUCCAGUUAGUUCAUUCCAUAUUUAUAUUGAAGAACGUACAGAUGACACUAUCACAAAUGAAUUCACAACCAAAUUUCAAGCAAUUACAUCUGAUGAAGUGAUGCCAACGACAACUCAUUGUAUUGUCAAAACUUCCACUUCUGAAAUUCUUGAAACAGACGAUAUUAACAUACUCUCAUGGAUAUUCAAUGGAAUCAUUAUUGUGAAAGACACGUGGAUGACGGAAUGUUUGAAAAAUAAGAAAUUGAUUGAGAAGGAUUGUGAUUACCUUGUGGAGAAAAUUAGGUACAAAGAAGUUGUGUAUGAUACAGUAAUCCAGUGGUCAAAUGCAAUGGCGAAAGGAACAAUCCCUUAUUUAUACGGAGUUCAUGUGGUUUUUGUGAUGAAAGAGUCUCCGAUUCUAGCUGCAAUGAUCAUCAACCAAGGAGGUACUGUAUUGGAUUCAUUCCCAGAGAAAGAUUCAUUCAACAAAGGAUCUCAUCCAUACCUACAUAACCAUCUCGGACCUAUUUUUAUUCUUCAUGAUGGAAAAACUGACUUGACACCAUUCAGGAAAGAUCCGGACAGAAUGUUCACCCUGUUUACGGAACAAGAAUUUCUUGUUUUCAUGCUCAAAAGAGAGAUCGAUAUCAAUACUUGUCCGAAACCUAUUCCGGUCCUUGUUGAAGGAGACGAUUAA